AUGGUCGAUUCAAAACUCGUUAUUUUGGCUUUCAUAGCUUUGUCUCUUUUCCUCUCCGGUGCUGAAACAAGAGACAUUGAGUGGCGUGGCUUCUGUUGCAUUAAUCAGCAACAGUUUGGAGCAUGUGAUACAAAACAAGACAAUGAUAAAUGUGAGAAGCUGUGCCUUCAUGGUUGUAGUAGGUACAACAAAGGUGGCGGCUGUCAAGCGGUCCCCAGUGGUUCUGUUUGUUCAUGUUACUGUUAA